AUGCUGUCUUCAUCGUUACACACACUCCUUUCUGUUCUCGUUUUAGCGGUACUCUCCGUUUCCGCUAAGCCUGGGCUUUCCGUAGCAGUGUCAGGUCCUGCUUCCGUCACCGGUGUACAAAAUCUAAAGGUUGUGGCCACUAUUACCAACACCGGAGACGAGACGUUGAAGAUCCUGAACGAUCCUCGCGGUUUAUUGUCGAAGCGUCCUGCCAACAAGUUCACCAUCACCAGUUCCCAUGGGGGUCGCCCAGCAUUCCACGGGGUCAAGGUGAAGUAUUCGCCGACGGUUGCUGUUCAAGCAGGUGACUUCACAGUCCUGCCACCUGGGAGCUCCAUCGACGUCUCCCAUGAUCUUUCGGAAGCCUACAACUUUACAUCGUCUGGAGUAGGGGCGUACGAGUUUGAGGCUGACAAUCUCUUCUACAUCGUCAACGACAACAAAGAAGUCUCCACCCUCUGGGCGAAUCAAGCACAGGCGUAUACCGCAAGUGUUGCGGGCAAUCUUGCUAUCGCUCGAUCCGAACCCUUUGGAGGGUUGACAAAGCGAGCUACCUUUAUUGGUUGCACUGCUGCCCGUCAGACCCUGAUCAACACCGCCGCUGCAUCGGCUCAGACAUACGCUGCUGGUGCUCUCUCUUAUGUUACAUCGCACACAACAGCUUCGACUCGCUUCACCACCUGGUUCGGUAGUUUCACGACUGCCCGUCGUAGCACCAUUCUUUCCCACUUCACCAAGAUCAGCGGCAGCAGCAUCUCUGGUUUCACUUUCGAUUGUUCUUGCACGGACACGUCAUACGCUUAUGUGUACCCCAGCACCUUCGGAAAGAUUUAUUUAUGUGGUGCAUUCUGGAAUGCGCCCAACACAGGAACUGACUCCAAGGCCGGAACUCUCGUUCACGAAACUUCCCACUUCACCGCUAAUGGCGGCACAAACGACUACGCAUAUGGGCAAUCCGCUGCCAAGAGCCUUGCAACCAGCAACCCUGCUCAAGCUGUCAUGAAUGCAGAUUCGCACGAGUACUUUGCGGAGAACAACCCUGUCCUAGCUUAG